CAGUGUCUUCAAAAUGGUUAAGGUAAUCUUUUACGAGGACAGGAACUUCCAGGGUCGGCACUAUGAGUGCAGCAGUGACUGUGCCGACCUUCACUCUUACAUCAGCAGCUGUAACUCCAUCCGUGUUGAGCGUGGCUGCUGGGUGGUGUAUGAGAGACCCAAUUACAUGGGAUACCAGUAUGUUCUGACCAAAGGAGAGUACCCUGACUGCCAGCACUGGAUGGGAUUCAAUGACAACAUCAGGUCAUGUCGCACUUAUAGCUAUGCAAGUGGGGCUUCAUAUAAAAUAAAGAUUCACGAGAGGCCUAAUUUUGGAGGACAAAUGAUGGAAUUCACGGAAGACUGUCCAUCUGUCUACGAUCGUUUCCGUUACCGUGACAUCCACUCCUGCCACGUGAUGGACGGUUACUGGAUCUUCUAUGAACAUCCCAACUACGGAGGGCGGCAGUACUUCAUGAGACCCGGUGAAUACAGGAGAUACACUGACUGGGGAGCCAUUGUGGCUACUGUUGGCUCCUUCCGUCGUGUUCUGGACAUCUAAUCUUCAUCAGCGCCCUUUAAGAAAAAUUGGUCAAAAAUAAAGAUUGUUUCCCUGCAUUUAAA